GACCGAUCGUGUCGAAAGAAAUGGCGAGCAUACACGAUUCAAAAAACGCGAAAAAAUGAGUUUAAAACGAGAAAAAGGAUAUGCUUAGGAUUUCAAAUGUUCGUCUUCGCAGUUCUUGUCCUUUUGGGGACAUUACUCAAGGCAAGCAGUGAGAAUCACUCCCUCACUUACAUCUACACGGGACUCUCCAAACCUGUUGGACUCCCGGGCAUCCACGAGUUCACAGCCAUGGGUUUGCUGGACGACAAGAUGAUCGACUACUUUGACAGCGAGAAUCAGGCAAAAAUUCCCAAACAGGAGUGGAUGAAAACAUGUGUACCUGAGAAUUACUGGAAAGAAGGCACACAGUCCCGCAAGAACAAGCUGCAGUGGUUUAAAGAGAGCAUCAACAUUCUGAUGCAGCAAAUGGGACAGAAUGAUUCCGUCCUGCAUGUUCUUCAGUGGAUGGUGGGCUGUGAGGUUGAAAUGCAGCCUGGUGGCAAGCUCAAGUUUCUGCAGGGAUUUUGGAAGUACAACUACGAUGGAGAUGACUUCCUGUACUUGGAUAAUAAAGGCCAAGAGUGGGGAGCUGUGAAUUAUGUGGCAGAACUCACCAAGAGAAAGUGGGACCACUACUGGAAUGCUAAAGGCUACACCAAGAACUACCUGGAGAACACCUGCAUUGAUUGGCUGAGCAACUUAUUGAAUUGUGGGCAACAGCAGCUUAGAAACACCUCUGCUCCUGAGGUGUAUGCAAUCAAAAAGGAAGCUAAGGUCAAGACAAACAUCACCCUCAUAUGCCUCGUCACAGGCUUCUACCAAAAAGACAUCAUCAUGAGGAUCAAAAGGAAUGAGUACAUACUAACUGAAAAAGAUGGCUUAAUUAGCUCAGGAGUUGUUCCAAAUGGAGACGAGACCUCCCAGAGAAGUGACCAUGUGGAGGUUUUAAAGUCUAACCUGUCGCUGUACACCUGUGAAGUCAUACAUGAGGCAUCCCAAUUGAAUGUUAAAGUGAUUUGGGAUAUCAGUGUGUUUAAUGGAAACAAAGCUCACAUCAUGGUGCCCACAAUUGCAAUUAUUGCAAUUGUUAUUAUUUUUGUGUGCUACUGUAAAAGACCGAUUUGUGGAGGAUCUUCUACUGCUGCUACUUCUGGACCAAUUCCCCCUAAGGUGUUUCUGUACAAAACGAAAUCCCAGGUUGAGACAAAGCUCACUUUGGUGUGUGUCGCCAACGGCUUCUACCCAGAUGUUAUCACCAUGAGGAUCAAAAAGAGAGGACAAAUUCUAACAGAAAAGGAAGGACUGCAAAGCACAGGAGUUUUCAAAAAUGACGAUGAAGCCUUUGAGAUAAAAAUAGAAGUGGAGGUUUUAAAGUCUGACCUGUCCAUGUACAGCUGUGAAGUCAUUCACAGCGCUAAGAAGAUUAUUAAGUUUUGGGGCAAUAACACUGAUGACGAGUCUACUCAUCUCAUCAACAGAAUGACUGAUCGAACUCGACUUUGACUGUGGUUUCUCUUGUGAUGCUUAUGACAGUUAAGAUUUUGAGGCCCUGGAAACAGCCAGACUGCUGAAAGUGGCAAGCCAAGAUGUCCAAAGCCCUCAUAAGAACUUCCAUCAGAUGAAAAUAGGGCUGCGCAAUUUUUCCCAAAAUGAUAAUUAUGAUUAUUUGUUACAAUUAUUUAUGAUUUUUGUAACCAACCUUUUAUAGUGCACUGUCAUUUAAAGAGAAGAGUUCUGGUUCAUAUUUGCACAAAUUCCUGAAUUUAAAAAAAAAUUGGCCUUACUAACAUAAAUUCAGUGCACUGAUGCACUAUUUAGGCUGUAUACACCGCAGUACUUGAUUUGUUUUUGCUUCACAUUGUAUUGACAGAACACACACUUCAUUAUGGUUAUUUAAUUGUGGAAGCCAAAAUUGUGAUUGAGAUUUACCAAGUUUUACCAGAACAACACCAAUAGGCAAAGUAUUUAUGAUCAUAAUGCAGAAUGUGGUUCUGUUCAUUUAAGUCGCACCACCAUCACAAGGAAAUUUAAAGUUUACAAAGGUCAUGAGUGUUGUUGGUUCCACAAUUAAAAAUGUUUGGCUCUACUCCAGAAAGCGUGUCCAGCAAACCAGCUUCUUCUCAUUAACGUACUUUUCAAAAUGCUGUUCAACAUCAUUUAAUGACUAUAUUUCCACACACAAACCCAUUUCAACAAAAUGUUGUCUGUUUUGACAAUAAGAUUGCUGAAAUUAAUUUUUUAAUUAAAUAUCAAAAUUGUUUCAGCUUUGCCUUAAUGUAAAUAGUCUCAGAUGUUGUGACAGACAUUUUUCUGUCACUGUUUACGACACACCAUGUGAGAAAGAUUACACAAAUAUAAGUCCAUUUAUCAAGUGGAACACAAGCUGUAGCUGGUAUUAAUCCUGGAUAAAUGGGAGGGUCGAGUCAGUAAUGAUAUCUUUGAUUUUUUUUUUUUUU